GAAGAGUUCAUUGCCAAACUCCCAUUGACCAUGGCGGCUACCACUGCAAAUACACCAAUACUCAAGCGUUCUCCUUUAGCUUCCUCCUCCAAAUCUUCAAUACCUAUUUCCAAAUCCGUCCUCCACUUUCGAACAAUCCCUCGAAAGCUCACGCCGCCACGUUCCCUCUCCGUUUCCAGCUCUCUUUCACAAUCAAAUUCCACCCCCGGAUCCACCGCCUCCUCCGUCGCCCCAACGAAGGCCCCUACCCAUGAUUUCAUUUCCCGUUAUGCCCCCGACGAGCCUCGAAAAGGCGCCGAUAUCCUCGUUGAAGCCCUUGAACGUGAAGGGGUCAAGGACGUAUUUGCUUACCCAGGUGGAGCUUCACUGGAGAUCCACCAAGCUUUAACACGAUCCAAACUGAUCCGAAAUGUCCUUCCACGACACGAACAAGGUGGGGUUUUCGCCGCCGAGGGUUAUGCUCGCUCCUCCGGCCUUCCCGGCGUUUGCAUCGCAACUUCCGGCCCGGGAGCAACUAACUUAGUGAGCGGCCUAGCUGAUGCGAUGAUCGAUAGUAUUCCUUUAGUAGCAAUCACCGGCCAAGUCCCUCGGAGAAUGAUCGGCACUGAUGCUUUCCAAGAAACUCCCAUUGUUGAGGUAACAAGGUCUAUUACAAAACAUAAUUAUCUUGUUCUUGAUAUAGAUGAUAUACCUAGGAUCGUUAGUGAAGCUUUCUUUUUAGCUACAUCUGGCAGACCAGGUCCUGUUUUAAUCGAUGUACCUAAGGAUAUACAACAACAGCUUGCUGUUCCUAAUUGGAACCAACCUUUAAGAUUGUCUGGUUAUAUGUCUAGGUUGCCUAAAGAACCCAAUGAAUCCCUUUUAGAACAGAUUGUGAGGUUAGUUUUUGAAUCUAAGAAACCUGUUUUGUAUGUUGGUGGUGGCUGUUUGAACUCUAAUGAAGAGUUGAAGAGAUUUGUUGAGCUUACGGGAAUACCCGUCACGACUACCUUAAUGGGUCUUGGCUCGUUUCCGAGUCCGGAUCCAUUAUCGUUACAAAUGCUCGGAAUGCAUGGAACUGUGUAUGCUAACUAUGCUGUUGAUAAUAGUGAUCUUUUACUUGCUUUUGGUGUUCGGUUUGAUGAUCGGGUAACCGGGAAACUCGAGGCUUUUGCCAGCCGAGCGAAGAUCGUGCAUAUCGAUAUUGAUUCAGCUGAGAUCGGGAAGAAUAAACAGCCUCAUGUAUCGGUUUGUUCGGAUGUUAAAUUGGCGUUGAAAGGGAUAAAUAAGAUAUUGGAGAGUAAAGGAGCUAAGGUGAAACUCGAUUAUUCUGCAUGGAGGAAUGAGUUAAAUGAGCAAAAGGUGAAAUACCCUUUGAAUUAUAAGACCUUUGGUGAAGCAAUUCCGCCUCAAUACGCAAUUGAGGUUCUCGAUGAAUUAACUGAUGGCAAUGCGAUUAUAAGUACCGGUGUCGGUCAACAUCAAAUGUGGGCUGCUCAGUUUUAUAAGUACAAAAAGCCUCGUCAAUGGUUAACAUCUGGAGGCUUAGGGGCAAUGGGAUUCGGAUUACCUGCUGCCAUUGGAGCUGCCGUUGCAAAUCCCGGGUCUGUUGUUGUAGACAUCGACGGUGACGGAAGUUUCAUGAUGAACGUCCAAGAAUUAGCAACAAUCCGUGUAGAGAAUCUUCCCAUCAAGAUACUAUUGUUAAAUAAUCAACAUUUAGGCAUGGUUGUUCAAUGGGAGGAUCGGUUUUACAAGGCAAACCGAGCUCAUACAUAUUUAGGCAACCCAUCCGACGAGUCUGAUAUAUUCCCAAACAUGUUGAAAUUCGCCGAGGCAUGCGGAAUACCCGCUGCUCGUGUGACGAAGAAGGAAGAUCUCCGUCAGGCGAUUCAGAAAAUGUUGGAAACACCUGGACCGUACUUGUUAGAUGUAAUCGUACCGCAUCAAGAACACGUCUUGCCUAUGAUCCCUGGUGGAGGGGCAUUCAAAGAUGUGAUCACGGAUGGUGAUGGAAGAACAAAAUAUUGAUUUUAAUGAACUUUCUGUUAUAUGUACGUAUAAGCAAUCAUGGAAGCUUAGCUGUGGGCUAAUAAUCUAGUUUUCCUCUUCUAGGAAACUCAGGGUAUACUUUUAUGUUUUCUUGAAGUAUGUGUUGUUUGUAUAUUUGGAUACAAAUACAAAGAUAUGAUCUUUUAAAUACACGAAAAUAUUAGAACUCGAA